AUGACAUCCCCUAGCCAGGGAAAUCCCUCGACGGAGGCGGCGAUCGAGGAACUGAUCAAGGGGCGGGAAGCCGCCACCCGGCUUGGGGUCUUUCUGCAGGAGGCAACACUAGGGAAAUCGGCGAUCGAGGCCUUCAAGGAGGUCUUGGACUCAUUCUCUAGAUCACUCUCUGUGUUGGACUCCGGCCAGCCACUUAAGAAUCCGGCGAUCAUCGGAGUUGGUGGUCGCAACCAACUUCCAUCGAGGAUAGUCAAAUCCAAGACACUGGAUGAUGGCUACACAUGGAGAAAAUAUGGACAGAAGGAGAUCCAAAGCUCCAAGUUUCCGAGGGCCUACUUUAGAUGCACCCACAAGUAUGAUCAAGGUUGCAAGGCUAUCAGACAGGUGCAGCGAUCGGAGGAUGAUGAAUUUAUAAUCACUUACAUGGGGGAGCAUACAUGCAGGGAGCCAGCCAUGCUUCCCCAUAUCAUCUCACCUUCCUAUCUCGAGGGGUCUUGUCUAAUUAGCUUCAGAUCAAAUCCCACUGAUAAUAGACAAGAAGCCCCACUGCCCUCUUCCUUCCCUUCUUAUAAGCAAGAAUGUCAUGAAGAGGUGCUGAGUAAUCUGUCCCCAGGUAGCUCAUCAUCGGCGUAUGUCACGCUAUCAGCAGCCUACGAAGGGUCCAAGCUAAUGACACCAUUGGGCUCUACAUCCGAUCAUGGCGAUGUGACCUCGGGCUUCCACUCUUCUACCAGCAGCCUCCACUACGUGGGCUUCGGGACAGACUCAUUUGAGGAUAUAUUUGCUUUUGAUCAGGAUGGGUUCCUCCAAGACUAGGCCUGGUGGAGGGGUCGGUGUCUCUUUCUUACCUUCGUGUCUCUGGGGUAUCCCAUCUUGGCCAUUGAUGGAAGUUGGUGUACAGAAAUACAGAAAUCUUCUCCGCUGUAACAAGUAAUUAGUCAAGGAGUUGAUGAUAUCGCCAGUUACGGACCAGUACUGGAUGAGAGGAUGAGAGAGAGAGAGAGAGAGAGAGAGAGAGAGAGAGAAACUUGGAGUCCUGAUCCUGAUGAAAUUUGGAUGCUCCUUGUGCCAACGGAGUUGGAUCAGCUUCGUUGGCAGUCCUCUCCUUGAAGAAAUCACAAAUUGAAACCUAGAUGUUGGCAUCCUAAUUAUAUUUGAAGGCGAUGUUGCGGUAUCUUAGAGAUGUGGCAUCUAUGUUAUUGCUGUGAAAGAGAUUUAAUUUGUUUGAAGAUUGUUGGAGCACUAUCAUUGAGCGCUAUUAUUGCUUAGAGAAUCCUGUUCUACUUUGUACUUUAGUGGAAGCCAAUGAUCCAUAAAUGCUCUCAGUUUCAGCAUUUUGUAAAUACAUCUGAGAUGCGUUUGGUUGAUAAUUGGAAUCUGAAUUCGAAUCGGAAUGGAAUGAGAAUAGAUUAGAAUAAAAGU